CAGGAACUCUCGCGACACCUUUUACGAUAAACGCGGAAGUAAACAACCGAAUACGUGAAAAGAUGGAACGUGAGCAGUUAAAAUUAAAGCGUGGCUCAAGAAAUCAUGACAGAGGGGAGAUUUUAAAUAAUUUCAAGUCGUGUUUUUUCGCUACAAGUCGCCUCGUUUCAUUCCCCUGGACGGUUUUAGAAAGGGACCUUGAACGCAGCAAAUCCUCGAAUGUCAUUUUAGAUAUCCUCAAACAGACGUGUCUUCACUCGCUUUGCCGGAAAUUUCCGCCAUCGCCGCGGUAUAGGAAAUGUUUUCUUUCCGAGCUCAUUAGACGCAUGGAAAGUGCAGGGUGCGAACCUCUGGAUGAGCUCUACGAAGCUCUGGCGGAGGUAGUGGCAGCUCAAGAGAUGGCAGAGGGAUACCGGACCUACUUCUUGUCAUCCUGGGACGCAGUCACUUUGUUGGAGAAUGUGGCUUUGAUCUCUGAAGGGACGACCGGUCUGGUGACAUGGGAGGCGGCCCUCUACCUGGCCGAGUGGGCCUUGGCCCAUCCACAGACCUUUGCCGGAAGGAAUGUUCUGGAGCUGGGCAGUGGUGCGGGUCUGACUGGCAUUGCCGUGUGUCGCUUGUGUGGACCGUCCUCGUACAUCUUCAGUGACUGUCACCAAAGUGUCCUGCAGAGGCUCAGAGACAACCUGAGCAUCAAUGGACUCAACGACAACACAACCAACACCAAGACUAGCGUCAGUGUAGAAGAACUCGACUGGACGAACGUGACUGAGGAACGAUUGAAUGACAUCAGUGCAGACGUGGUCAUAGCAGCAGAUGUUGUGUACGAUCCCGACGUGGUUGUGGUUCUGGUCCAGCUUCUGUCCAAGAUCCUGAGGCAGCGUGGUCGUUGUGUUCCCGCCGAGGUUUUCAUCUGCUCCACCGUGAGGAACCCGCGGACGUACUCUGGCUUCAAGCACAAUCUGAGUGAUGCUGGGAUUGUCCACCGGGUGAUGAGCGGAGCUGUCAAGCAUGUCUUUGAGUACAGUAGAGAAUCAGAAAUAGAGCUCGUCCAAUUGUUUGCGUCUCAAUAA